UUGUGCCUGUGUAGAACUCCCUUUGUUUCCUCUGUAUUUUUGAGAUGCGCUCUUUCAACCGUGGUGCCCGUGGUCAGAACGCACUGAGGCAGAUCUUGGCCCCAGUUGUGAAGGAAAUAAUUGAGGGCGAAUCGCUCAACGUCAGAACGGAUCCAGUGGAUAUUUACAAGUGCUGGGUGAACCAGAUGGGAUCUCAGAAUGGUGAGGCCGGCAAGUUGCCGUACGAUGUUACACCUGAACAAGCUCUUAAUCACGGUGAGGUGAGGACGCACCUGGAUGCCUCAAUCCGAGAUGUGAAGGCAGUGACAGACAAGUUCCUGUCUGCCAUCGUUGUUCAGCUGACCAAAUCCCUUACGGGAUGCGUUUCAUCGCCAAGGUACUGAAAGACUCCCGGCAUGACAAGUUUCCUGAUGCUGGCGAGGAUGAGCUUCUGAAGCUUUCGCUCGUGGAAGCACAGAGCAAAGUGACAAGAAACAGCUGCGAGUUCAAGGAAUUGUCUACCUUGUUCUGAUCUCC